AUGUCUACCACCGUUGUCAUCGGCGCCUCGCGCGGAAUCGGGUAUCAAUUCAUUCAAACCCUCGCCGCUGAGGGAAAUACCGUCGUUGGGACUGCACGCAAUACCGCCGACCUCGAGGGCAAGCUGAAAGCCGACAAGGUUGCAAAUGUGCAUGUCGUCGAGGCUGACUUGGUUUCUGCGGACUCCUUGAAAGCUGCAGCAAAGGCCACAUCCUCCCUUGUCAACGGCCAGAUCGAUCACCUGAUCAUCAACGGCGCCUUUCUCUCUUCCACCACAGGUGGCAUGAACCCCACUGAUUUCGCCGAAAAGCCCGAGCUCUUCCUUGAGGAGCUUAAGAAGAGUGACGAGGCCAAUGUGGCUGGACCGCUGUUCGCGAUCAACGCCUUCCUGCCGCUCCUCCGCAAAGGCACGGAGAAGCGCGUUACGUACAUAUCCAGUGCCGUUGCUGAUGGGCCUGAGACUGUGGCGGCCCGCAUCGCGAACUCAGUUCCGUACAGCGCAAGCAAGGCGGGAGGUAACAUUGUCAUCACCAAGUUUGCGGCCGAGCUCCAGGACGAAGGCUUCACCUUCCUGAGCAUUGCGCCUGGCGCAGUUGCGACGGACACGCUGAUGAACGCGUCCGCCAAUUUCAGCGAAGCGGAUAAGGAGAAGAUGCAGGGCAUGUUCGCCAGGCUGAUGCAAAAGUACCCCGAAUGGAAGGGUCCGGUCACUCCUGAGGAGAGCGUGAAGAGGAUCUUGGAAGUCGUAAAGAAGUCUAAGCCUGAGCAGAGUGGCCAGUUCUUGAGCUACUGGGGCAACACUACCGAGUGGUUGUAGAUACAAGAAUGAUUGUAGACACAAGAAUGGUUAUAAAUACAUGAAUGGUUGUAG